CUUCACUCACUCUAGAUAUAUUUGCACAAAUCUUCAUUCAGGAGGUCAAGAAAUCGGUGUGGAAAGGUAAAUGAACACUACACAAGGAGAGCCAACAGUCUAAAUUCCCAGUUCCAACAAAAAUUAUUUCUUGGAAAAUAUUAUAAUCAACAUGGCAAGAUAUUUGGGGAAAAUAGAGGAAUUUGAUCCUGCAAGUGAUGACUGGCUGCUCUACACUGAGAGGCUGGAGCAGUAUUUUAUUGCUAAUGAUAUUGAUGAGAAGAAGCAAGUGGCAGUCCUAUUAAGUGUUAUAGGAAGGAAAGCUUACAGAGUACUACACAGCAUAACCGCCCCUGAGAAGCCAGCUAACAAAGCAUUUGCGGACAUUGUACAGGUUAUGCACGAUCAUUUGUCCGGUAAGCGGCGGCUGAUUGAUGAACCAAUUCAAUUUCAUGGAAAGCACCAGAAUGAGGGGGAAUCCAUCGCUGGUAAUAUGGCAAGACUGAAGAUAAUGCCAGAACGCUGCCAGAUUGGUGAUAGGUUACACAAUGCCCUGAGAGACAGAUUGGUGUGCGGAAUUUCUAAUGAGCGUAUGCAAAAAAAGCUCCUAACAGAACCAGAUCUUACAUUUCUACAUGCAGUACGAGAAGCAGUGUCUAUGGAAACAGAAGCUGAAGAUGGCAUUGUUCUGCAAACAAGAGACGAGGCUGUGUCUAAGAGUACGAAGGUGAAGGCAAUGACGAGAACCAACCAGGCAGAUAUUAGCCCAGGGGAUAUAUGGUACCAUCGUGCAAGAAGCGCAAAUAUUCCAGGGGAAAGGAACUUCAAGCAUGGGUUUUGUAGAAGGUACAACACAAAGGGGCACCGGGAAGGAGCCCGCCAGGAACUAAUGAGAAAUGAAGAGACAACAGAUACAACAAGAGAGACGACUGAAGCAGUGAAGAUGGAUCCCAAUAAUAUGUGGGAUCGCACUGAUAAAAAUGAAGUUCAAGAGAUGAGUACAGAACUUGUACAGGAGGAACUGCUCACAGCAGAGAUGGAUCCUGAUAACUUGUGGGAUGAAAUUGAUGAAGAUGAAGUUCAGGAGAUCAGGUCUGCCAUAGAAGAAGGAGACCUUACCAGAGCAGUUGGAAUCAUAAAGAACACAUUAGACUAUUUAGAAACUGUCCCGCUGAACAUUGCAGUAACGGGAGAGUCAGGUGCUGGAAAAUCCACUUUUGUCAAUGCUCUCCGUGGUCUGACUGAUGAAGAUGAAGGUGCAGCUAAAACAGGGGUCGUAGAGACCACAAUGGAGCCAACUGCUUACUCACAUCCCUAUUAUGAAAAUGUGAAGUACUGGGACCUUCCCGGGAUAGGAACGCCCAAUUUUAAGGCAGAAGAUUAUUUGCAAAGUGUUGAUUUUGCCAGGUAUGACUUUUUUGUCAUUGUUGCAUCUGAACGUUUCAGGGCUUGCAGCAUCCAACUGGCUCAGGCCAUCCAUGCCAUGAAAAAGAAUUUCUACUUUGUGCGAUCAAAAAUUGAUGUAGACAUGGACGCUUCCAAAAAAAGAAGACGUAAAAAAUACAAUGAAGUGAAAAUUCUGCAAGAGAUCCGGAAAGAUUGCAUCAAUGGUUUUGUUAAAGAAGGUAUUGAAAACCCCAGGGUCUUUCUUCUCGAUCUAAUGAACUAUAAGUAUGACUUUCAUCUCUUGCAAGAAACUCUGGAGAAGGACCUCACGAUGCACAAGAGACAUGCCUUCCUGCUCUCUCUGCCAAAUAUUUCUCUGCCUGUACUAAGAAAAAAAAGAGAAGCACUAAGGCAACAGCUAUGGAAAAAAUCUGCCGUCUCCUGCACUGUUGCCGCACUACCUAUCCCAGGCCUGGCCAUUACUUGUGAUGUCACCAUCUUAGUCAACACUAUGAGAGAAUACCAGAGAGCAUUUGGUCUGGAUGAAAGUUCUCUCUGCAGGUUAUCCAAGAUAAGCGGUAAAAGUAUUACUGAUUUGAAAAAAGUUAUUAAAUCCCCGCAGGCGAUAAGUGAAAUAAAUAAGGAGAUUGUCAUUAAAAUGCUUACUAAGGGAGCCAUGGGAGCAGCCAUGUUGGCUGAGCAUUUUGUAAGCUACAUGCCGGUGUUUGGCUCUUUGGCUGCAGGUGGGAUCUCGUAUGUUACCACUAAUAGGAUGCUAAAAGGAUUUUUGUAUGAUUCCUGUGAUGAUGCAGAGAGAGUCCUUGUAACGGCUGCAGAGUCAUGUGUUUAGAAACAAAUAAACUUAAGACAGUUGAAAAACAAAAAAAGUAAAUCUCUAGCACUGCAUCUCAGAUUGUGCACUUAAUUACUGGCCUGUGUGCUAUUCUUCCAUUAGUAGAGCAAAACCCGGCAGUUCUUCU